GUGGACACCACAGCCACGGCCAGGCUGGAGUCGUGGAAGCGUCCGAGGCGAAGGGUGACGCAGAAGCAGUCCUGAGCGCCGGCGGGAAACAUGAGCACAGUCACGAGCAGCUUCACGCCUGCAUCGGAGUGUCUCUGGUCCUGGGCUUCGUCUUCAUGCUGCUGGUGGACCAGAUAGGCAGUUCCCAUGUGCACAGCACUGAAGAUCCAGAGUCAGCAAGGGUCACCUCCUCAAAAAUCACCACCACCCUGGGUCUCGUGGUCCAUGCUGCAGCUGAUGGGGUGGCACUAGGAGCUGCUGCCUCUACCUCUCAGACCAGCGUUCAGCUCAUUGUCUUUGUAGCUAUCAUGCUGCACAAGGCCCCAGCAGCGUUCGGCCUGGUAUCGUUCCUGAUGCAUGCUGGUCUUGAGAGGAACCGCAUCCGCAAACAUCUUCUGGUCUUCGCCCUGGCAGCGCCCGUCCUCGCCAUGCUCACCUUUUUAGGCCUCAGUCAGAGCAGCAAGGAGGCUCUGUCAGACAUCAACGCCACCGGUGUCGCCAUGCUUUUCUCUGCUGGCACCUUCCUCUACGUGGCCACCGUUCACGUCCUCCCUGAGGUCGGCGGUGGCGGCCACAGCCACGCUCCUGCCGGAGGGAAUGGAAGCAAGGGACUGAGCAAGGUGGAGGUGGGAGCUCUGGUGCUGGGUUGCCUCAUUCCUCUGGUGCUGUCCGUCGGUCACCACCAUUAGACACAGAGCUCAGGACGAAUUUCAGACGGGUGUACAGUGGAGAGAAGCGGAAACAGAGACUUCAAACAUUGUGGGAUCUAAAUGUCUUAUUGCUUGUUGUCUCCUGAUGGACCUCGUGGACCAGACUGGUGCUCAUUGCGGGGACAUCUUAAGACUUGAAACUGACCUUGAAACAGGGAAUGAAUGAUGUAUCAGAGUUGCUGCAGUGACAACCAAGGCAUGCAGCGAUGCUGACACUGAGGGCAAACAUCUCGCAGCUACUGUAUGUGUCCAUUUAUUCCAUCAGAAAUCUUUUUUUUUUUUUUUUAACGAGAUUUGGGCACUUUAGCUCUGUUUAUUUACAUCACCAUGGAGGUUUCAGUGUUGCAUUAUCGUGAUAGUCCAAAGUCAAAGAACCUACUUUGAUUUCAUUACAGUGAUGUUUUACUAGAUGGCAGUUGCACAGUGAGAUUUAGAUGGAUUUAAACCUGUGAUAUCAAGAAAGAAAACUUUUUUUUUUUUUUUUAAUAAUUGUACAGAGUGUAAAUCUCUAAGCAACAAUCCAGAUUGGUUUAAACUAAUUUUCAAGUGCCAUAUUAGGAAGUUGGAGCAGAUAACUGAAGAGAUCACGGCGACGUUACGGUUCGUAGAAAGCGUCCCUGUCCUAUUUCCUUACCGAGAUCUUUUUCUUGCAGCCAGCCGUGAAGCGGGAUGAGAGAUGAGUCCGAAUAACCAGCUAGAUGCUUGUGACAGUUUUUGUCUUUGGCUAGUGAGUUUAUCUACUAAGUGGAGGUUUGUCCUGUUAGAAAAGUUGUGAUGAGCAGUUUCUUGACCUGAUUGGAAGCCUUUCUAUGAUGAAUACUGAUGGUGCGUCUCUCCUGUAAAACCACACGUAAAGGUUCAUCGAUUAAUCUGCUCAAACUCGAUUCCAGUGUUUAAGGAAAAGACACAACCAGCCUUGAUGUACCACAACAUAAAGUGUCACUUUUAUUUUGUCUGUUUAGUUUCUGGAUGUGUGUAUAUCUGUUCUGUUUUACUUGGAGAGUAAUUAUAAAUAGAUGAUGGAGGAAAAAUCUGUAUAGAAUUGUCUUAAGUGAUUGUUUAGAGUGUUAUUAAGCUUCUUUAUAGGUGGGGGGUCAUUUCAACAGCUCCGUGUGAAUGGCGAUUUGCCUUGCAGGGGGCAUGAACUGGAUGAAAACGUUUAGGGACCAUCGGCUCAGGAGAACAGACAUAUUGCAGAUCCCGUGAGCAAGAUUUUUUUUUUUUUUUUAGCUUUUUAGUUGGUUUACCCUUCAUUAAUUAAUCAUACCUGAGCAAUAAUCAUA